UCAGCCUGGUCGUGCAUGGUGUGUGCCAUGUGGGUGAAUGGAAACGCAGUCGCUCCUCAUAGAUCGACUGAAAAACUGCAGGAGAUUUCAGCUUAAUUGAUAAUGAACCGUAUGUAAUCGUUUAUUUGCAACUAUUCCAAGUAAAGCACAAAGUAUUUCUGUUCGUCAUGGGCAAAAAUAAGAAUAAAGGAAGGGCUGCCAGGCGGUAUACAGGGAGUGCAAAGAAAGACUCAAAAUCCAAACAAAUUGACGACAGUGGAAUGGAAUCCGGAAUGGAGUCUGAUAUGGAAACAGAUACAGUGGCUCCCACAGAGAGACAGCCUGGAAGAGUGUCCGUUGGUUUUCCCAAGUUAGACGGCUACACUUCAGAUGCAGAGCCCGAUACAAGAGAACUCGUCAAACAGAUGAACAGGAAGAAGAAGAAAUCUGGAGGUUUCCAGUCGAUGGGUUUAUGUCAUCCAGUUUUUAACGGAAUAAUGAAGAAAGGUUACAAGAUUCCAACACCGAUCCAGAGAAAGUGUAUCCCCAUAAUAAUGGAGGGUAAAGAUGUCGUUGCCAUGGCAAGGACAGGCAGUGGUAAAACGGCGGCUUUCCUCCUCCCCAUGUUUGAGAGACUCCAACAGAGAUCAGCCAAGUCUGGAGCGAGAGCCCUCAUCCUCUCUCCAACGAGAGAGCUGGCGCUUCAGACAUUGAAGUUCUCAAAAGAGCUCGGUCGUUUCACAUCCCUAAAGGCGGAAGUAAUCCUGGGUGGGGACAAACUUGACGAUCAGUUUGCAGCAUUACACGAGAACCCUGACAUAAUCAUCGCGACGCCGGGACGUCUGCUCCACGUCUUGGUUGAGAUGGAGAUGAGGUUGAAGUACAUUGAGUAUGUGGUGUUUGACGAAGCAGACAGACUUUUUGAGAUGGGUUUCGCCGAGCAGCUCCGUGAGAUUCUUCACUCUCUGCCCCAGCAUCGUCAGACGCUACUCUUCUCGGCAACGCUGCCCAAAUCUCUCGUUGAGUUUGCCAAGGCUGGACUGAACGACCCGACCCUCAUACGGCUUGACGUCGAGACCAAGAUAUCAGAUCAACUCAAGAGUUCCUUCUUCUUCCUGAGACAGUCUGAUAAGAUUGCCGUCCUGCUGCAUCUUCUACGGGAGGUGGUCAAGCCGGACGAUCUGACCGUCGUCUUCAUGGCAACCAAACACCACGUGGAAUAUGUAAAAGAGAUCCUUACAAUGGCCGGUAUUAACUGCACGUACACCUACAGUGACUUGGAUCACACGGCAAGAAAGAUCAACGUGGCCAAGUUUACCCACAAGAAGACCAAAGUCAUGCUGGUGACAGACGUGGCUGCCCGUGGUAUUGACAUUCCAAUGCUAGACAAUGUCAUCAACUACAACUUCCCUGGCAAACCAAAGCUGUACGUUCAUCGAGUUGGUCGUGUGGCUAGAGCAGGAAGGAGCGGUAAAUCCUACUCACUGAUUGGUCCAGAUGAGCUGCCUUACUUACUAGAUCUUCAUCUCUUUCUUGGUAGAAGUCUCAAGUUGGGUUCGCCCCACGAAACAGAGGAUGAGGAUGGAUUGAUCGGGCGUGUCCCUCAGAGCAUCAUCGAUGAGGAAGGGGAGCUCGUUGGUAAUUAUCACAACCAGUCAGUGGAACUGGAGUCGCUCCAGAAGGCCUGUAACAACGCUGCUAAGCACUACCUCAAGACCAGACCCAACCCAUCCACAGCCAGCCUGAAACGAGUCAGGGAGAUGGGCAUCAUGGGGAUUGGGUACCAUCCUAUUCUUGAAAUUAAGGACAACAAGCAGGAAAAUAAAAGGGUGCAACUUGUAGAUAAUAUCAAGAACUACAAACCCAAAACGACAAUCUUUGAAAUCGCUACAUCCACAAAAAGCCUCGCCCACCAGAUCAUGAAAUCAAAGCGGCGUUACCAUGGAGAUAUCGUUAAGAAGAACCGGGUUGUGUCGGUUCCAAAGGCUGAUGGAGGGGCUGCAGGAGAAUCAAGAUUACCGGAGGUUCAGAGUACAGAUAAAGACAUUGAGGAUGCAUUCAGUGCGAUUAUUGCGCCUGGUUGCAAGAGGAAAUCUGAGAAGUACGUAAGCAGCAUCGCCAAACCCAAGAAGCCCAAGUUGGAAGUCAAGACAGACCAUAGAGAUAAGGAGUACUACAUCUCGCACUUUGCUCCUGAUAGCCAGACGGAACAAGGUCUGAGUGUUGGAACAUUUGAUCAGCAAGCAGAGAGUGCCGUGUUGGACAUGACACAAGAUGACAACAACACCAUGUUGAAACAACGCGGGAAGAUUAAGUGGGAGAGGAAGAAGAUGCGCUUUGUAAACGAAGUUGGCCGAGAGGGACCCAAGAAAAUCCGCACCGAGAGUGGAGCACUCAUCCCAGCAUCCUACAAGAAAAAUAUAUACAAAGACUGGCUGGAGAGAAGUAAAGCUGACGCUCGGGCAGAGGCCGAAGAGAGCGACAAAGAGGAUGAAGAUGACAAGAAGAAGAAUAACAAAGGAGCGAAAUUCUCAACGCUCGGUAUGAGUCGCUACAAGAAGAACCAAAUGAAGAUUGUCAAUAAAUCCUCAGGCUCCAAGUACGACCAGCCCCUGCCCAGGAAGAGGAAGGGCGGAGCUCAAGGCGGAGGAGGCAAGAAGGGCAAGAAGCCUAUGAGAGGAGAGGUUAAGAGUCAUGAGCAGGUGUUGAAGUCCAGACGGACCAAGGAGAAGAACAAGGCUCGCAACAUCCCCAAGAAGCAGAGACAGCAAGAGGUCAAGAAGAAGAUGGACAAUCGUCAGUUGAUGCUGAUGAAGAAGUCCAAGUUUAACAAGAGAAAAUAAGCGGGAGUGUUCAGGAAUGAAAAGAUGGAAGAGAUCGCCAGAUGUGAUUCAGAAGAUCAAGAGAAGUUAGGAAUUUGCCUGGUCGACAAGUGUGACUAGCAUCGUAGUUGCGACUAACUAUUGCUUAGUCGAGUAGCGACUACCGUUUUUCAACUACUCUGAUUAAUACCACAAAAACAGUUGCGACUACCUGUUUGGUGAACAAUCGUGCUGACUAU